GUAGAGGGGGAAAUAUUGAAUUGCUGGGGAAGCUUUUGAAGAAGGUCGAUGAACAAGCAAAGCAUGCACUGAAAGAGGAGAAUCAUCACAUCACAUUCACACCCAAAAAUUUGACCAUUCCAAUUUCCCAUGUCAUUGAACGCUUUCAAGGAGGCGCUCAAGCCCUGCAAAUCCAUUCUAACCUCCUCACAAUCUUCAUCCUCCUCCCAAUCUUCUCACCCUUCACUUCCAACAAGAAAACCCCCCAAAUCCUCACUUUCCCGACAACUUCUCCGCCUCAACGAUCCCGCCGAUUUCUCGCCCCCAAACGAACUCAAUAUCUCCAAUCCCGACCCCAAUUUUAACGAUGGAAGCAUAAAUCGUAAAUGCGAGGAGAAGGAGAAAGAUACGGAAAUUCGACCGAUAGAUGUCAAAUUGGAGUCUUUUCGCUCGUUCGAUCACACCGGACCUUAUGAACCUCUUAUUCUGUCGUUUUCCGGUGAAAUUCCCGCUGUUCAGGUUCCGGCGUCGAUUAAUAGUCGACUUUUGGAACAUCAGAGAGAAGGGGUGAAGUUUUUGUAUAACUUGUAUAAGAACAACCAUGGAGGUAUUCUCGGAGAUGAUAUGGGAUUGGGGAAGACCAUUCAGGCAAUUGCUUUCUUGGCUGCUGUGUUUGGGAAGGGUUCGGAUGAAUCCGAUACUGUUUUAACGUCUCACGAUGGAAGUCGAGUUGAGAAGAAGGGUCCUGUGCUAAUCAUUUGCCCUAGUUCUGUUAUCCUUAAUUGGGAAAGUGAGUUUUCCAAAUGGUCCACAUUUAAUGUUGCUGUUUACCAUGGUGUGAAUCGGGAUCUAGUGAUCGACAAACUAAAAGCAGGUGACGUUGAGAUUAUCAUUACCAGCUUCGACACGUAUAGAAUACAAGGAAGCAUUUUGUCGAAUAUCCAGUGGGAGAUUCUUAUUGUUGAUGAGGCACACCGGCUUAAGAAUGAGAAGUCGAAACUAUAUACAGCGUGUAUGAAGAUUAAGACACUGAAGCGUUAUGGUCUCACGGGAACUGUGAUGCAGAACAAGAUUAUGGAAUUAUUCAAUCUGUUUGACUUGGUGGCCCCUGGUGGCUUGGGGACACGGGAGCACUUUCGGGAAUUUUAUGAUGAACCUCUCAAGCACGGCCAAAGAUCGAGUGCUCCACAACGGUUUGUUCAGAUUGCUGAAGAGCGGAAACAGCAUUUAGUGUCGGUGCUGCAAAAGUAUAUGCUCAGAAGGACAAAAGACGAGACCAUAGGGCACCUCAUGAUGGGAAAGGAAGAUAAUGUUGUGUUUUGUGCGAUGAGUGAGUUGCAAAAACGAGUUUACCAGAGGAUACUGCAGCUACCCGACAUCCAAUGCCUCAUCAACAAGGACUUGCCGUGCAGCUGUGGUAGCCCUCUCAAACAAGCCGAGUGUUGUCAAAGAACGGUUCCAGACGGUAUGAUUUGGCCCUAUCUACAUAAGGACAACCCCGAAGGUUGUGACUCGUGCCCUUUUUGCCUCGUUCUCCCUUGCCUGGUGAAGCUCCAGCAGAUAAGCAACCAUCUAGAGCUCAUCAAGCCUAGCCCGAAGGAUGACCAUGAUAAGCAAAUAAAGGAUGCUGAAUUUGCUUCUGCAGUAUUCAGCACCGACAUUGAUUUAGUAGGAGGCAGUGCCACUCAGAGUGGCAGCUUCAUGGGCCUUAGCGAUGUUAGGCACUGUGGAAAAAUGAGGGCUUUGGAGAGAUUAAUGCAUUCCUGGAUUUCGAUGGGCGACAAGAUUCUUCUCUUCAGUUAUUCAGUGAGGAUGCUGGAUAUACUCGAAAAGUUCAUAAUACGGAAAGGCUAUAGCUUUUCGAGACUAGAUGGCUCAACUCCAACUAGUCUACGGCAGUCUCUUGUGGAUGACUUCAACUCAAGUCCGAGUAAACAGGUGUUUCUCAUAUCCACUCGAGCCGGUGGGCUAGGGCUAAAUCUUGUGAGUGCAAAUCGGGUGGUGAUUUUCGACCCAAACUGGAAUCCCGCCCAGGAUUUGCAGGCACAAGAUCGUUCAUUCCGUUAUGGCCAGAAGCGGCAUGUGACUGUUUUCCGUCUUCUCUCAGCUGGUUCACUCGAGGAACUCGUCUACACUAGGCAGGUGUAUAAGCAGCAGCUCUCGAAUAUUGCCGUUGCAGGCAAGAUGGAGAAGCGGUAUUUUGAAGGCGUGCAGGAUUCGAAGGAGUUUCGAGGCGAACUGUUCGGGAUCUGCAAUCUGUUCCGAGAUCUUUCUGAUAAGCUUUUCACCAGCAACAUCGUGGGAGUUCAUGACAAGCAAGGGAUCUAUUUUGAUGAUCCUCCACAAGAAACGUCGUCUGUGGAAUCCAAGGCUAUCGGAGGAAGAAGAACGAAGGCGAAGCCAACGCUCAAAGAUCUGGGUGCUGUAUAUGCUCAUCGCAACGAAGACGUUGUGAACCUCAGGUCACGUUGCCUGGUAAGCGAAAAACAAAGCUCGUCUCUAGAGCAAGACGACGAGCAGCCAUGCCCAGCUCUGGAAGAAAGAAAAGAAUCUGAUGCUGCAGCAGAUACAGAAACAGAAACAGUUGAAAUGGUGAUGGAUCCCCCAAUCUGUGAUGCAUCAAAGAAGAGGAAAAAUGACCAUUCUAGCUUUCUUGCAGUGUUAAUGGGCAUAGAUGAAGCAGAACUAAAUAAGUUAAUGCUAGCUUAGAUUCAUACAUAUGUGUGUAAAUAUGCAUGUACAAAAUGUUGUUGUAUCACAAUUUGCUCAGAAAUGGGACAUGUUUGGCUAUUUGAGGAAUACAAAAGCUCAGCUUUUGAGGGUUCUUGAA